CAACAAAAGAUUAGCCAGUUAUCGAUAAACCAGAUUGUUUUAGUUGUGUCAGCGUAUACGAAACAAACCAAUCGUUUUUUGUUGAACGUAAAUUUUUUGUAUCGUCAAUUUCAUUGUUAUAUCCAGUUUGUUGUUACCACAUUAAACAAUACGAAAUGGACAGCAGACCGUUUUUAGAUUUCUUAAGGGAGCACUGCGAAAUCAGGAGUCAGGUGACCGUAUUGUCGCUUAAUAGGGUCGUGUUUGCUGACAUGGUCGUUGAAAUUGGCGAGGCUAUUUUGGAUAGGGAUUUGCACAAAGCCAAAAAAGUUUUGACCAAAUGUAUGACCUUUUUGAAAACAGAGACAGAGCUACAAACCUACAAUAUCAAGCACCAACAUGUACAAGUUGUGGAAAUUUUGUUUUGUUACUGCUAUUACAAAACUAAAUCUGAUAUUGAGGAAUGUGCCAGGUAUUUUAGAGACACUGAAAGGUUCAUAAUUUUGAUGGGCAUGGUACAGUUUGCUGAGAGCAGAGGGGAAGAGGACAAACUUCUGGAGAGCCAAAUAUCCUUUUUGAAUGAAUAUUUGAAUGAGACAAGAUUUGCCAGUGAUGAGGAUGAUUCAUUGAUCGAGAAAAAAAUCCGGUCCAAAGCAGAAAAAUCAUUAAGCCCAGACGGUACGCCCAAAAACAAGAACAAAUCAAAAAAAGGGAAGAAAUCAAAUUUAGACAGGACGUCAUCGCCCACCCAAACUUUAUUUGUGAACGGCAAUGAUGCUGAAACUUCAUUUGAAAGAAUCGAGGAUGCGACCAGUUCCACAUUGGUAAUACGCGUACAAAAGAAAAAAGAUUCGAACGAUUUUGGCACGCAAACUGAAGCAAGAAAGGUCACACACAAAGGGAUACAAGUGGACACAAAAGCGCUGUUGGAUUCGGAGAUUUUAACGGUUGUUCUGGAUAUAAAAAAAUCCAUUGACACCACAAACAAACGUGAACAAGAAAUGGAAGAUCUAAAGGAAAAACUACAAAAGUCGCAGGACGAAAUGAGGAGUUACAAGCAAAAAGUCGACGAAGAGUAUCAAAAGAAGAAGAACAAAGAUAAAGCAGAGUACAACAACCUUAAGAAGUCACUCACCAAGCUGGAACAGGAGCUUAAUAUGUGCAAGGGAAAAAUCCAACAGUCCAAUAAUACCAUCCAAAACCUGCUGAACGCACGCAGAAAUUUGCAGAACCUAUAUUUCAACAUAUGCGAGAAGAGGAUAAAUCAGACGCUACACUUCCUAAAGGUGAUGAAAAAGUACGUAGAUCGGGACAUGGUUUGCGAUUCGGACGAACAUUGUACGAACUUAAACGUUUGGAAGGCUCAUAAAGACAAGAUCAACACUGACAAGAGUCUGUAUAUGAUGCAUUUUGAUACUUUGGAGAAAGCGAUCAAAAACGGGAAAGAUUACAACGAAAUGGACUGGUCGAAAAUAACGGAUGUGUGUAACGUCGAUCUGUUCACUAAAUACGUCGAAAUGGCCAUUCAAAAGGGUGAAAGAAAACUUGAACAAACGAAAAGACAAAACAACAAUCCGCCCAUUCCAAAUAGACAAACAUAUCUAUAUGAUAUGAAAGAUAUCCCGGAAACGAUAACUGUUAGGGCGACUCCGGGAACAUCGACGGAGCAUUUCGACGAAGUGGAACGUAAGCGGACCCUCCAAAUGUACAAAAAGGAGCCUAUUGGGAAGGUACCACCGCCGGAAUAUGAAAUGUCAGAAAAAGCUUUAUAUCAGUAUCUAAUGGAUAACACGGGGAUGAGUGAAGAUGUGCUUUGUUCUGUCGUAGUUGACAUAGUUUCGAAGCGAAAUACGGGGAUUUGCGGCAUGCGUAAAGAGGAAAUCCUCAAAGAAAUCAAAAAGAUGUUCGAGUCGAAGGGUAAGAGAAACUGGAUAAUGCCGAAUGAAGCGGCGAGUUGGCGCUACGAAAAUUCGGAUAAAAACUGCACGAUUUGUCUGGACGAUUAUUCGGCCAAGACUUGCUACACUUUGCCUUGUAUGCAUAAGUUUCACAAGAAAUGCAUCCAAAAGUGGCUAAAGAAUAAUAGUUGCUGUCCGAUUUGCAGAGUACACACGGUGCUCGAUGAUGAUUUUCCGCCGUUGGGAUAAGUUUAAAUUUCUAUUUUUUACAUUUAACAGUAUUUUAUUCAUUUUUAAUCUUAUGACUUUGUGAUAAAUAUUAUGCAUAUAUUUUCGAUAUUUAUAUUUACGAUAUUUUUCAG